AUGGGUGACAUUGAAAGGCAGCUCAGAUGGGCACUGAUAUGUGGCUUUAAUGUGCACUGGUAUGCAUUGAUGUGGCACUGAUGGGCAGUGGCACACCAGGGGCGGACUGACAACUCAUGGGGCCCCUGGGCAAUAGGGGAUCAUGGGGCCCCUGUGUCCUUGCCCAAACUCAAAAAGCCUAUGAAAAAGGUACCAGGGGCACCUCAUGGGGCCCCAUACUGACCCCGGGGCCGCGGGCAGUUUCCCUGGUUGGAACA